CAUUGAGGUUAAAAAACGAGGCGCUAGUAGUACUGAAGCCAGCAGUAAUGAUGGGGAUAUGAAAAAACGUAAUUUGGAUUCUGAGCAAUUAGACAUCAUGGAUAGGAAAUUGCAAUCGAUUGAGGACUUUAUUAUUGAUGAGACCAUUAAAUAUACCGGAGCUCAUGAAGGAAUUGCCGACCCAGAUGAGAUAAGGCGCCUCAAAGACCACGUGCUCUCUCGCCUGGCCACGGCAUAUAGUUUGGAGAAAAUGCGUCGCGCUUUAGACAAAUUGCGACAAUCUGUGGAAGCUGAGAAUCACUUACUGCGCAAUGCAAUCGAACCAGAAGAUAAUACCGAAAAUGAUCUGGAAAAUCCUUUGUCGGCGAAGAAGGUUCGAACACCUUUACAUGAAGUGGAAAAUAUGGGUUUCCCGACAGGCAAUGAUAGGACAAAGGAAAUACACUCGAAUGCCAUGAUGAGCACCAACUCUGCUGACGCAAAUACCAAAAAUGCCGAGCCUAACGAAAAGAACGAUAGAAAUCUUGAACAAGUAAAAAAACACAAGAAGAAGCGUAAUGGCUAUAUGCGCUAUCCAGAAUUACCGAAUGAAUUCGCUGGAAUGCAGGAGGAUAUCGUCGAUGCUGGUCGCUAUGAGCCGUUGAACGAUGCGUAUUUGGGAAAUAAGAACUAUAUUAUCGGCUCGAAUAGGUGUCCCUUAAUCGAAUCGAUGGCGGAACGCUGUCGAGGUAUAGAUAUUCUAAGUGGAGAUAUAAAUCAGGAGCUCUUGCCUAUUUGUGGUAUUCACCAGAUUUGUUAUUUAUGUGGCACUACGCAAGUGGCUUGCGAUUAUCAAUAUUUGACAGAAGCGGAUGCUAUUUGUGGCAACAACAACGAUUGUCAAGCAGCAGCACGUUCUAUAUUGAUGAUAUUACGUGGAACACCAAGUCCACAGCUAGGUCCAAGAGAGUGUCUGAAGAAUUCGUGUCUACACAGUGCCAUGCGUGAAAUCGGACUAUAGAUGCAACAACACUAAAUAAUAUUUAUCAAAUUGACAGCUAUUUAUUCGCAAACUUUGUAUGCAGUUCGCUUAAAUUGUAAACCAUAGACAGG